AUCAGCGAGCCGCGAGCCAAAAAACACACACACUCACUCUCUGUCUCUCUCUCUCUCUCUCUCACUACUCACUCGUCAUUACGACAUCACCAAUUCGCCAUUAACUCCGAUCAUACUGAGUCUCUGAGAAUCUCUUUUCUGGUAGCGUAAUUUAAGGUCGCAUUUAAGGUGCGUGUCUGAGAGAGCUCAGAGCAGCGACAGUUGCAGCAACUCGUACCGCGCGCCUCGCUCUCUACGCAUCCUUCCAUUCCACCCUUCCUCUUCCUCAGUCCCGGCCCUAAUCUCCGAAUUCCAGCCGUACGGAACCAGAAGCGACAUCGUUUCUCCAUCACUCUAACCACAUUCCGUUCAACUCUUUCUUCGAAUUUCGCUAAACAAGAGAAGAGAGCACAAUGUUGACGUGCAUAGCUCGGCCUAAGAAACUCGGCGACGACUCACUGAGUCAACCCGAAGUCUCCGACUCCACCAACACCCCCGCCUCCUCCAACAACAAGCAACAAGCCGCCAUUAAAUCCCUCACUUUCCAGCUCAAGGACAUGGCAUUGAAGGCCUCGGGAGCUUACAGGCACUGCGCCCCCUGCACCGGUCCGGCUAUUCAGAGUCGGCUCAAGGGGACCGGCGAGUCGGAUGCUGACUCGGACCGGUUCAGGUGGUCGUACCGGCGGACCGGGAGCUCGAGCUCCACGACGCCGAGGACUUGGGGGAAGGAGAUGGAGGCGAGGCUCAAAGGGAUCUCCAGCGGCGAAGGCACCCCCAACUCGGCAAGCGGUCGCCGAGUUGACCCGGUCGUGUUCGUCGAAGAGCGCGAGCCCAAGGAGUGGGUGGCCCAGGUGGAGCCCGGAGUUCUCAUCACGUUCGUCUCCCUGCCACGUGGCGGGAACGAUCUCAAGCGCAUUCGGUUCAGUCGAGAGAUUUUUAACAAAUGGCAAGCUCAGAGGUGGUGGGCUGAGAACUAUGAUAGGGUCAUGGAACUUUACAAUGUUCAAAGGUUUAACCGGCAGGCUUUCCCGCUUCCAACCCCACCAAGAUCUGAAGAUGAGGUUGCUGAUCUCAAUUUUUCUGUAACUGAUCGUAGUGAUGCCAAUUCGAAUUCAGCUUUGAGUUCAAAGAUGGAAUCUGCGGAAGCCAGCCCUGUAACUCCACCACUAACUAGAGAACGCCUACCUCGCAACUUGUACCGUCCAACGGGGAUGGCUAUGAGCUACUCAUCCUCAGAUUCACUUGAUCAUCACCCAAUGCAGUCCCGCCAUUACUAUGAUUCAGGUGGUAUCAAUUCCACGCCAAAACUCUCCAGCAUAAGUGGGACCAAGACUGAGACAUCAUCCAUGGAUGCUUCUAUCAGAAGUAGUUCAUCAAGGGAGGCAGAUCGCUCAGGAGAGCUAUCUAUCAGCAACGCUAGCGAUCUGGAGACUGAAUGGGUUGAACAGGAUGAGCCAGGGGUUUACAUCACAAUUAGAGCACUACCGGGGGGCAAACGGGAGCUUAGACGAGUCAGAUUCAGCCGAGAAAAAUUUGGGGAGAUGCAUGCCAGAUUGUGGUGGGAAGAGAAUCGGGCCAGGAUACAUGAACAGUACUUGUGAUAGAAAAAAAUCGGGCAGCCACUGUUGCUUUCCAGAGUCUGGAGGUGUUGCUUUCUUGGAUUGUUUUCCUUUCUGGUUUUUCCAUACUGGUAAAGCCCUUGUCUAUAGAUAUCUGAAUGGGUGUGCCACCGCCGGCACCUCGUGAUGUUCAGAGGGAUGAAUGAGCACAAAGUUUCCUAUGUUCAUGAUCCAAAAGAAUUCGUAUGGGAUUGGUUGGGGGGGUGGGGGUUAUAGUCUUAAUUUUUGUUAUUUACUAUGUUUAUUGGUGGAUGAAGAGCAUCAGUUGUAUCUGAAUUUCAGUUCAUGCGAAAUCGAAAUUAAAAGAUGUGUAUGUCAAUACCAGAUCAAGGAUAUGUUCUCCUCUAUCCUUUGCUUUGCCUGCCUGCCACUCUCCAAAGGCAAAGCAUUGCAAGUAAAUGAAGCGUUUUUUGGUAA